GUUGUGCUGAAGGAGCCAAGUGAAGUGCCAGUCUUCCAGGGCAUGAAUUCAGCCAAACCCAAGCUUUUCAAGAGCCCAAGGGUGCAGGUCCAGGAGGCCACAGAGCAGGACUGGGCCCCGACCCCAACCAGGUCUGUAUGGGUACGGCGACUUCCCGUCUGGUGGAGGCAUGCCUGAUUUUGCCGUGCGUGACGGGCUCGAUAGGCGUGACCUGGCGGAUAUGCGUGGCAUGCGGGACUUCCGAGACACGCUUGACCUGCACAUGAGUCCGCGGGGGUCGGACAUGGACAUGGGCAUGCGGCGGUACUCGGCCGGCAGCACCAUGCGACCAACGUCUGAUGGCUUUGGCAUGCGGCUUCCCGGCGAGGGUUUGGACAGGUCCUCCUACAUAAACGACUUCCGUGGCGGCCAGGGCACUGAUCUCAGCGACCCCAUGAUGAGGACCGGCAUGAAGGAGGGGAACAGUAUUCCCGCCACGCUGCUCAAAUACCUGGACUCUUUCCGUAUCGAGAGUGAGAGCGAUGCCCAGAUCGUUCUGAAGGUUACUCAGAAGCUCACAGAUGUACUGAUGGAGUAUCGGCUCCGUAGUAUGUCACCAGGCAAAACCACACCGCCGUCCCUUGGGCCGAUGAGCUACACCAACAGCAGUGACCGUUACUCCAGCGGCAUGGGCGGCCCUUCAAGAUAUUACAACUGAGGAGGUUGUGGGUACCAGACAAGAGUUGUUCAUCCCUCAAGUUCUCCACUGAUGCAAUUGGCUGCUGAUAGGCUCAGUCUGUUGGACCAAACAUUGUGUUGAUAGUUAUACUUUACAUGUAAAUGUCUGGAAAAAUCAGCCUUCCUUUAGUUUGAAUUAUUGUGAGUGAGUGUUUUAGAGAGAAGGGUGGUAUUGGAAAUAUUUUUGUUGCAAAAAAUGAGAGAACCUCCAUUAUUUUGGAACAGUGUCUUGUGUGCAUGGUCAAGUUUUCUACUUUGCAGAAUAAAAGUUUAAGCUCAGCUUUCA